CGCAGGACAGUAAUGUCUCUAACGAACGAAGCUUUGCUACUCAUUCAGAAAAUGGUGAAGAGCCCGCCACUAAAAGCCUUCUCAAUUUUCAACUCCUCCACUCUCCAAGGCUUCCAACACACCCACCAAUCCAUAUCCUUCAUUCUCCACCGCCUUCUCUCCUCCAACAUGCCAACACACGCCCAGUCUAUCAUUCUUCAAGUGCUCUCUGGUCGACUUUCUUCCCCAUUCUUCACUCCCUCCUCUCUCCUCCACCAUUUAACUCAACCCCACUUGAGUUCUAACCCUCUCUGUAGUCAUCUGUUUGAAACUAUCAUCAAUGCCCAUGUUCAAUCUCAGUUGCCAGAGCAAGCCCUUUACUUUUUGAAGCAGAUGGUUGACCAGGGCCUCGUUCCCAGAUCAAACACUUUUAAUAAUCUGUUGGGUUUUCUUGUUAAGUCAAAAGAUUUUGGAAAAGCUUGGUGGGUUUUCAAUGAGUUUAAGGGUAGGGUUGAGUUGGAUGUGUAUAGUUUUGGGAUAAUGAUAAAAAGUUGCUGCGAAGCUGGUGAUUUGGAUAGAGGUUUCGAGCUUUUGGUUCAAUUGGAGGAAAUGGGUCUGUCUCCGAAUGUUGUUAUAUUCUCUACUUUGAUUGAUGGGUGUUGUAAGAAUGGUGAUUUAGAGAGGGCAAAGAAGAUGUUUGGUAAAAUGGAGGAGCUUGGUUUGGUUGCUAACCAGUACACAUAUACUUCGUUGAUUGAUGGGCUUUUCAAGAAAGGCCAUAAAAAAGAUGGGUUCGAGCUCUAUGACAAGAUGAAAAGUAAUGGGGUUGUUCCUAAUGUAUGCACUUAUAAUUGUUUGAUUAAUGAGCGUUGCAAUGAUGGGAAAAUGAGCAGAGCUUUGGAACUGUUCGAUGAAAUGCGUGAGAGAGGAGUGGCCUGCAAUGUUGUAGCAUUCAACACCGUAAUUUGCGGAUUGUGCAGGGAAAUCAGGAUGUGGGAAGCUGAGAAGUUUUUUAAUCAGAUGAUAAGGGAAGGUAUUAGUCCAAACACAGUUACUUUUAACACACUAAUUAAUGGGUUUUGUAACCUAGGAAAGUUGGACAAGGCUUUGAGUUUAUUUGAUCAGUUAAAGUCAAAUGGACAAUCACCAUCUUUGGUGACUUAUAAUGUUUUGAUUCAAGGCUUUGCUAGAGCCCAAAAUUCUGCAAGAGUUGCUGAUUUAGUGAGAGAGAUGAACGACAGAGGUGUUUCUCCUUCUAAAGUGACGUAUACAAUUUUAAUCGAUGCCUUAGUUCGAUCUGGUGACAUGGAAAGAGCAUUUCAGAUAUUCUUUUCCAUGGAGAAGGCCGGUAUGGUGCCCGAUACUCACACCUAUGGUGUCUUAAUCCAUGGAUUAUGCAUGAAAGGCGAUAUGAAGGAAGCAUCGAAGCUGUUCAAAUCAAUGAGUGACACUAAUUUGGAGCCAAAUGAUGUCAUAUAUAAUAUGAUGAUUCAUGGUUACUGCAAAGAGGGUAGCUCUUACAGGGCACUGAGGUUGCUCAAAGAAAUGAGAAAGAAUCGAAUGAUUCCCAAUGUGGCUAGCUACAGUUCCACCAUUGUAGUGCUUUGUAAUGAUGGGAAGUGGGAGGAGGCUGAGUUUCUGCUUAAAGAGAUGAUAGAGUCAGAUUUAAGACCAUCAGUUUCUUUGUAUAACAUACUUUCUAAAGCGAAAGGUAAUAGUACUGGUGAAGUUAUGAAUGUUUGAAUGUGAAUGAGAAUCCCAAUUUCUAAAACUUUCCAUAAGAUGGAAUCGUAUGUCUCGUUCAUAAGACCCGGACACCUUGUUCGGUGACCCGGACAACACCCAUAUGUAUUGACUAAAGAGCUCCCUUGAGGUACAAGAAGUCUCACAGCUGUACAGCUUCAUACUCCAAUAUCUUGCCUCACCCAGAGCACGGCAAAGAGGACAGUUGCUUUCCGUUAUGGCUAGCCAUUGAUCAAUGCAGGACGUGUGAUACGAAUGGUUACAAAUAGCAAGCAACCGACACUCUUGCCCCUCCCUAAACUCCUCCAAACAAAUUACACACUCAGGACUAGUAGUAACAGUAUAUGUGAAGAGGAUUGACGCCUGCUGCGGCGGCUGUACUGCAGCAAUAUUACGACCAAGAUUUGACAGCGGUCGACCUGCUUCGAGAUCAUCGUGCCGUGCAUCAUCACUCGGAAAAUGAUCAUUGGGCGUGCGGUCUUUGCAACAAAAAAAGAAGAUCAUGAUUGUGAGGGGGCCUCCCAUGGCGAGGGCAAGGGUUGAAUAGACAUCAUCAAAAGCAGGCAUGAUGUCUAUACGCGAGAGAGAUAGA